GCUCAGCACCCAGUCCGCUGCUGCUGCUGCUGCUUUCUGGAGGUUUCAUGUGAGAAAAGGACAAACCUCGAACUACGAUCUCUCCUCCUGCCUGUCUUUUGACUUCAUUUUUCGCUGCCCCCGUUUUGACGAUGGGGGAUUUGUGGCUCCUCAGAGCGCACGGAGUGUGACAGAAGAUUUUAAGGAUGCGGGACUUGUGCAGCUCGUUGUGUUCCUCUCUUUCUACUCAGAUGCCAACACGGUGAAGACAGAGUGGACGCGGCUGCUGCUGCUGCUGCUGCUGGAGCUCCGCAUUCAGAAAGUCUUGAUUUGAUUUUUUUUUCUUCUCUCUUCUUCUUCUUCUUCCCUCCGGAGCGACUUCAGGAAGAUGUAAGGAGGAGAUCCCACCGUGUGCAGCUGAAAGUCCCCCCCUCCUCCUUCUCUCUCCAUCAAAAUGCAGAAGGGAAUACGACUUAAUGAUGGUCAUGUCACCUACCUGGGGCUUUUGGCGAAAAAGGAUGGUACGAGACGGGGCUGCCUGAGCAAGAAGAGCUCGGACAACACGAAAUGGCACAGCAAGUGGUUUGCUCUGCUGCAGAACAUGCUCUUUUAUUUCGAGAACGAGUCCAGCUCUCGACCCUCGGGAUUGUACCUGUUGGAGGGAUGCAUCUGCGACAGGGCGCCCUCUCCCAAACCCUCACUGUCAGCUAAGGAGUGUUUGGAGAAGCAGUACUAUUUCACCAUCAGCUUCACCCAAGAAAACCAAAAGGCCCUUGAGUUACGCACAGAAGACGUAAAGGACAGCGAUGAAUGGGUGGCUGCAAUAUCACACGCCAGUUACAGAAACUUGGCCACCGAGCAUGAAAGUCUCAUGCAGAAGUAUCUUCAUCUGCUUCAGAUCGUGGAGACAGAGAAAACAGUUGCUAAGCAACUUCGACAACAGAUAGAAGAUGGGGAAAUCGAGAUUGAAAGGCUCAAGUCAGAGAUCGCCGGGCUGCUCAAAGACAACGAGAAGAUCAGCGCCAGCCCCGCAGCCGCGCCGACCGACGACGACGCCGAAAUCAAGAAGAUCAAAAAAGUCCAGAGCUUCCUGCGAGGCUGGAUCUGCAGGAGGAAGUGGAAGACCAUCAUCCAGGAUUACAUCCGCUCGCCGCACGCAGAGAGCAUGAGGAAGAGGAACCAGGUGGUGUUCAGCAUGUUGGACUCAGAGGCCGAGUACGUGCAGCAGCUUCACAUCCUGGUCAACAACUUCCUGAGGCCGCUCCGCAUGGCCGCCAGCUCCAAGAAACCCCCCAUCACCCACGAUGAUGUCAGCAGCAUAUUCCUCAACAGUGAAACUAUCAUGUUCCUACAUCAGAUAUUUUACCAAGGUCUAAAAGCCAGAAUAGCGAGCUGGCCAACCUUAGUGCUGGCUGACCUGUUCGACAUCCUGCUGCCCAUGCUGAACAUCUACCAGGAGUUUGUGAGGAACCACCAGUACAGCCUGCAGAUCCUGGCUCACUGCAAGCAGAACCGGGACUUCGACAAGCUGCUGAAACAGUACGAGGCCAAGCCCGACUGCGAGGAGCGGACCCUGGAGACCUUCCUCACCUACCCCAUGUUCCAGAUUCCCCGCUACAUUCUUACACUCCACGAACUUCUGGCCCACACGCCCCACGAACACAUAGAGAGGACCAGUCUGGACUACGCAAAAUCAAAGCUAGAAGAGCUCUCCAGAAUCAUGCACGAUGAGGUCAGCGAGACGGAGAACAUCAGGAAGAACCUGGCUAUAGAACGAAUGAUCGUGGAGGGCUGCGAGAUUCUCCUCGACACCAGCCAGACAUUUGUACGACAAGGGUCUCUCAUCCAGGUGCCGAUGAGCGAGAAGGGCAAGAUCACCCGUGGGCGACUGGGCUCUCUGUCUCUGAAGAAGGAGGGGGAGCGGCAGAGCUUUCUCUUCUCCAAGCAUUUAAUCAUCUGCAACAGGGGUUCUGGGGGAAAGCUUCAUCUCACCAAGAAUGGAGUCGUCUCGCUUAUAGACUGCACUCUUCUGGAGGACCCUGAGGGGACAGAUGAUGAGUCCAAAUCAGACAAGAGCGGCCAGGACAUGGAGCACCUGGACUUCAAGAUUGUCGUGGAGCCAAAGGACAGUCAGUCGUUCACAGUCAUCCUGGUGGCCUCCUCCAGGCAGGAGAAGUCUGCGUGGACCAGUGACAUCAGCCAGUGCAUAGACAACAUCCGGUGCAAUGGGCUGAUGAUGAACGCCUUUGAGGACAAUUCCAAAGUCACAGUGCCACAGAUGAUCAAGUCAGAUUCAAGUCUGUACUGCGAUGAUGUGGACAUCCGCUUCAGUAAGAUGAUGAACUCCUGCAAGGUGCUGCAGAUCCGCUACGCCAGCGUUGAGCGCCUGCUGGAGAGACUGACCGACCUCCGUUUCCUCUCCAUCGACUUCCUCAACACCUUCCUGCACUCGUAUCGUGUGUUCACCACCGCCGAUGUGGUGCUAGACAAACUCAUCACCAUCUACAAGAAGCCCAUCAGCGCCAUCCCUGCUCGGUCCCUUGAGUUAUUCUUUGCCAGCAGUCAGAACAGUAAACUCCUGUAUGGAGAACCUCCCAGCUCCCCGAGGGCCAGCAGAAAGUUCUCCUCCCCUCCUCCUCUUGCCAUCACCAAGAACUCAUCCCCGAACCGGCGGCGCAAGCUCUCCCUCAACAUCCCCAUCAUCACCGGGGGCAAAGCUCUUGACCUGGCUGCCCUCAGCUGCUCCUCAAACGGCUAUGCAAGUGUGUACUCGACCAUUUCGCCAUUCAGCAAGACCACCUUGGACAUCAAUAAGCUUUACGUGUCCAGCCCCGUCGCGAGCAAAAUCCCAGACGAGGGCGAGGACAAGAAAGACAAGGUGGAGGAGACCUCAGCGUGCAAACAAGAUCUGUCAGUGCGAGAGGAAAGCGACAACGAUCCAAACCAGAGUGACGAUGGGGACACAGAGGCUUCUCCCACAAAGUCACCGACCACCCCAAAAAACCUAAAAUGCAAAAACUCCUCAGAGUUCUCUCUGUUUUCCUACAAUAAUGGCAUGGUGAUGUCCUCAUGUCGAGAGCUGGAUAACAACCGCAGUGCCCUGUCUGCUGCCUCCGCCUUUGCCAUCGCUACAGCUGGAGCCAAUGAGGGCACACCAACCAAGGAAAAAUAUCGACGCAUGUCCCUCGCCAGCACUGGUUUCCCAACCGAUCAGAGAAAUGGAGACAAAGAGUUUGUGAUCAGACGAGCAGCGACCAACAGGGUUCUGAACGUCCUGAGACACUGGGUGUCCAAACACUCCCCGGACUUUGAGAGUAACAAUGAGCUGAAGACAAAGGUUAUUGUCUUCCUGGAGGAAGUGAUGCACGACCCUGAGCUGUUGACUCAAGAGAGGAAAGCAGCAGCCAACAUCAUCAGGACUCUAACUCAGGAAGAUCAUGGGGACAGUCAGAUCACCCUCGAAGACGUGACACAACUGGUGGGAGGAGGGAAGACCGACUCCUUUGAGAGUCAUUCUGCAUUGGAGAUCGCAGAGCAGCUCACUCUCCUGGACCACCUGGUGUUUAAGGUCAUCCCAUAUGAGGAAUUCUUUGGACAAGGCUGGAUGAAGAACGACAAAAAUGAGAAGACUCCGUUCAUCAUGAGAACAACAAAGCACUUCAACGAUAUAAGUAACCUUAUUGCCACAGAGAUCCUGCACUGUGAGGAUGUGGUCCCAAGGGUCACAGUCAUCGAGAAAUGGGUGGCCGUGGCCGACAUUUGUCGUUGUCUCCAUAACUACAACGCCGUGCUCGAGAUCACCUCCUCCCUCAACCGCAGCUCUGUCUUUCGCCUCAAGAAGACCUGGCUCAAGGUUUCGAAGCAGACAAAAGGGUUGAUUGACAAGCUGCAGAAGCUGGUGUCAUCAGAGGGGCGGUUCAAAAACCUGAGAGAGGCUUUAAAGAACUGUGACCCGCCCUGUGUGCCCUACCUGGGGAUGUACCUCACUGACCUGGCUUUCAUCGAGGAGGGAACGCCAAACUACACAGAAGACAACUUGGUCAACUUCUCGAAGAUGAGGAUGAUUUCACACAUCAUCAGAGAAAUCAGACAGUUUCAGCAAACAGCAUACAAGAUUGACCUGCAACCAAAGGUAGCCCAAUAUCUACUGGAUAUGAGCUCUGUUCUGGAUGAAGAAAGCAUGUACGAAGCCUCACUCAGAAUUGAGCCAAAAGUGCCCAACUGAUAAGGAAGGUGGUCCUUCGUGUUCUUUUCUCUGUUAAUAUUACACAUCAGUUAACAUACAAACUUUUGUAUAGUUGUACAUGUUUAAGAUAUUUGCUCUUCUGUACAGUGGAUGUUUAAAGUUGUCUGAAGACACAAAUCAUUUCAGCGUAUAUAUAUUUUUGUUUGUUACCGUAUCCACCAACGCCACCUGCUUUAAAAAUCUACUAUUUACAUUUCUUUGGGUUAUUUCCAGCAUAAUAACAGAGGUCACUGUGUCUUCUUUGUGACCAAUGACAUUAUUUUGCAUCAUCACAUACUGUGUCGACUUUUGCACUUUCCGAGCACCCCUGCUGCCGGCCAUCAUUCUCUUUGCUUACGUUUUAUUGACGAGUGAAUUUCUCUGCAACCAAUGUAGCAAUGUAAAAAAAUGUAACUGCAUCAAAUCAGGUAAAAGAGCACGGAGGAUGUAAACUACAUUUGAUGCUGGGGGACAAUGAUCAGUGGAGAUGAAGUAUCUGAAGCUUAACUGUCUCUUUGCUUCCCAAACCAAACCAACAGAGAUGUCUUUCCCUUUUUGCUCAAUACUCUGAAGGAGACAGGGGUUCCCAACCAUUUUUGAACGGGACAAUUUCUAUAUUAAUAAAGUGUGUCCCAAUUCAGGGGCCUCAUCCUUCGAGGGACUUUGUGAGGCCUCUAGUCCCUCAAGGCCAUGCCGAACUGUCACUAGCUUGUCCCACUCUUACCAUUACAUAAUUCGCUACUUUGACUGCCCGCACGUUCUGAAGCCCAGCCCCCUGCACAGCUAGCUUGUUAGCUUCAUCACCAGCACACAAUGAUUCCUGGGACAGGUUGGCCCAAGAAAGAUCCACCUGUUGGAUCCUUCGUUGCUCAGGAAUGGAGGGGCGCAUCCGUCAGCCGCAGUUGAAGGAGUCUUGUAUGGGAUAGUGUUGUCGCGUUGCUGUGACACAUAAUCGGUUUUCAAAUGCAGCCGCUGAAGGAGGAGGCUUCUGAAUUGGGACACACCUGUAGUGUCAUAGUGUAGCAGCCCAGUGGGAACCAUCAAGAAUGAUAUUAAAAUAGAUAACAAAGCUCUACUGAAUGAAAGCUCUACUGGUUACCUCACAUUCUCAGAAACUUCUAGUACCUCUGCUAGUACCUCUGUGGGGCUGUACUUAGGCACAGCAAUAGUGUGAGCUAAAUGCUAAUGUCAGUGUGCAUACAAGAUCACACUGACAACGUUAACAUGCUAAUGUUUACCAGGUGUAAUGUUUACUAUCUGCAGCAUCUUCGUUUUGCAUGGCAGCAUGCUAACAUUUGCUUAUUAGCAAUAAACACAAAGUCCAUCUUACCAUUAGUUUUACAGAUAUUAAACCACAUUAUUGGAAUUGUAAUGCUGAGCUGGUGUAAGGACAGACAAUCACAAAACCUUUUAUAGUUUGGCCUGAUGGCGAAAUUUGCACCAGGUUUUCUGUCCAAUAGUAGCAGAGAUAUUUUGCACUAAAAAGGAAAGGAAAGGGAUCACUAAAGUCAUUCAUCCUCUCAGCUCCAUGGAAAUAUGGACCAGAUUUCAUGGCAGUCAAUCCAUUUGUUGUUCAGAUAUUUCUAUCUGUUCAAAUCUCAUCGAUAGAACUUUGCUAGCAUUGCAAAACACAAUUACAUUGUUGUUGGUAAUGUCAAAGUUGGAAAGAAAAAUAUGUUACCAAACAUAAUAGCCUAUAAAUUGUUGAAAUGUGUGGGGAUCAUACAGUUUGCCCAGUAGCAAAUGUUCUGAGGCGCAGUAGUGGUUGCCAGGCCUGGGGUUGGGAGCCUCUGGUCUAUGAUAAAUGUCUUCAUUAACAAUUCAUAUUUAAAAAAAAUUAUAUAUUAUAAUAUAACAAAUUUGUUAUAAAUCGAGACACCCAAUUUGUAGCCUGGUGUUAGAUAAGUUGUCCAGACCAAUCUGAGACACCUCAGUUUAAUUUGUAUAAUCAAAUAUAAGCUUUGUUUCAGCAAUCAGUUUGCUGUGAAAGAUGAGUCAUCUGAACUUUCUGUUACACUUGGAGUACACCAGUUUCUUUUUUUUGGUAUUUGUUCAACUCAAUCUCAUGACAAAAUCUCACACGAGGUGGUAAGUGUUGUACCUUCAGGUUCGGCGAUACUUUUGUAGAGUAAAAGGUUGUUGCUCUUCUGUAAUUAAAAGACAAUCUGUCCUUUUUGCUGUUCCAGUGAUUGUGGAACGUGACUGUAUAUCACUCUGUUAUAUGCAUCGCUGUUACAAACUAUGAUAAAACCUAUGUGAAUGGCCUCUGCCUACAGCAUUCAAACACUAUUUUUGUAGUAGUAUAAGACAGAGUGACCUGCUCUUUAUAUGUACAUGGGAAAGUAUUUUGUACUUUGUUGUUAUUUCACCUCACUGAGAUGUGCUGUACAUUUUGUACAAGCGGCCCUGCAUACUUCUCAAUGUGGAACUGUGUAAUUCUUUCAAAAAAGAGUUGUAUCUCAAGCUUAAACACGAAAUGCUACGACAGUGUGGUCUUGAAACCAUGACUUAGAGAUAGGAGACAACUUCAGAGUGUUUUGCAUUUAUACUGUAAUCCUGUCUAUAACCAUUUCUGUUAGCAGGAAUAUAGUAAUGUAGUGCUUAUUCUGUGAAUAUUUGUAUGUAUUUUUACUAUGUAUGUACAGUACACUUUUAAAGCUCAUGUGGCAGGCAUGCAACACCUUCACAGACAGAAUAAUACUAUAUACUUAUACUGUAUACACUUAUACAUGCACAUACUCUUAUAAGGUAUAUAAACAAAUAAACAUUUUGCUGUUAGCAAUACCCAGUGGUAUGAAAAUUAUCUUUCAACCCUCCUGUCUCCACUCCUUGAGAUAUAUUCCCAGUUUUGUAAAAAAGAAAAAAUCAGUAUUAAAAGUUUGCGGAUGACAACAACAAAUUAACAAAAAUAUGUUUCCCAGUUACCUCUUGCUAAUAAAUCCAUUUUAUCUCAGGGG